UUUGUACAAUUAUUGUUGCCCUUGAAAUUUCGUUAGAAACAAAACGAACUGCACAAAUUGGCUGUUAAAUCUUAGUAUAAAAGUAAAUUGAUUUAAAAUCAAACAGACAUUUGUUUAUCGUUUAUUGUUAUAUGCAGUCGGAAAUGUUUAAGACAACGAGUUUUUUGUGUCUGCUGUUUGCAGUUGUUCUCACGACUACAGGUGUUUGUGGAAGCAGUUUUCCUGCCAAUAGACAAAGAUGUGUGGCCGGAGAUGCUAAAUGCCUUAAGACUGCCAUUAACCAGUAUAUCAGACAGAGCGGAAAUGGAAUCCCCGAAAUCAAUUUGACACCAAUCGAUCCAUUAUUUGUUCCUGAAUUGAACAUUGUCCAAGGAAGCGGUCCAGUCAAUAUAAAAAUGCAUUUGAAAAACUUAAAUUUUCAUGGCUUCAGCACUGCCCAAGUAACAAGAGUCGUAGGAUUCGCAAAAGAUCCAAAAAAAUCGAAAUUCGAGUUCUACGGUCGAAUUCCAAGAUUAACAAUUUUAGGGAAUUACAAGCUAAAUGGAAAAGUAAUUAUCCUUCCCGUUCAAGGAGACGGUCCAGCUAACAUGACUUUCGAUAAUCUGGACGUGUCUAUCAGGGGCCAGCCACUUGUUGACGUUAAAGGGGGCAAGGAGUAUUUGCAAUUCAGUAAAUUCAAUGUGGAUUUUACAACGAAAAAGUUUUCCAUGCACUUUGAAAAUUUGUUCAACGGAAACCGGGCCCUUGGAAUGACCGCCAAUCAAUUUUUCAACGAAAAUUCGAUCCACAUUCUUAAUGAAAUGAAGCAGGUGCUUCGCAAUGCUAUAGGUAACAUUCUGUUGAAAGCUAUCAACCCAGUUUUUGCGAUGCAUCCUUAUGCCGAUUAUUAUUUGUAGUAGAAUUUGUAAGAAAAACUGUAAAUAAAUUGUGAUAAUAUGAUAAUAAUCAAAGUUGAAAAGACACAAGA